UUAACAACAGCAAAAUAAGUUCAUAUAAACCGGAUAAUGUAGUAGUAGUUAACGGCCAGCCCGGUUUAGUUACUGACAUAAAGGAGGAUGGACUACUAAAAUUUAGGACUUUCAUUGACCCACGCAAUUACUUUGAAGAUCCUUUCCCAUCUAGUGAUAUUGGAAUCUUUAUGUGCUCCGUAGUUAGCCAUGAAUACACAUGGGUUUCAGUUAAGGACAUUGAUUGUAAAUGUAUAGCCAUCAAUUGUACCAAUUACAUAGUUGUAAUCCCAUUGUUGCAUACUUUAUUGUAAAUGCAUUUCGUUUCAUUAGUGUUUAAUUAAUGAUGAUAAACCAUUUACUUACGUCUUAUGUUCUUUUCAGCCCACUAACAAGAAAUACGUUAUUGUUGACGCCCUAAAAAAAAACAACUUAUGAUAGCAUCAAAGGACUGGAUAGUUGGCAAUGACCUUUGCGCUUUUCCGAAUGAGAUGGUCGAUAUACACCUUCAGAAGUGCGACCAACCUAAUGACAAUUGGUCACUUAUGAAGUGUAAAGUUAUUCAUGAAUUAGAAUCUCUGCAGUCUGCAAAAGAUCUGUUAGCUUCCCUGCAAAUACUGCAAUCUCACCUUGAAAACACUUCAACGGAUGAAAACACUCUGCCACAUAACACUGAGAAGCCCAAGAGAGGUGUAAUGAAACGUAAAGAAGAUUUUCUUUACAAUUCAGUAGACAUGGAUGUGGCUGAGAUGCAGGCUGGGAAUAUCCGCGUACAAUAUCCCAAAUUUCGUGUUUUCGACAAAGUGAUAUCUCCAAUCGCCAAUUCAACACAAUUAGAGACAUCACCAUCCACAUCGGAAUGUAAGCAUGUUGGUGGCGCUGUAUUGGACCAGUUGUAUACUGUGGUGCUGAAGAUUUCGUCAGCUAUCAAUGACUUGACUAAAACGAUUAACAACAUGUCGUCCGCCAUUAAGAACUUGAAUGUUAAUGUUAACCAAUUGCUUUCAAAGUCUAAUGAGCGCGAAAGACCGCAUGAAUUCGAUUGCGGACUGUCAAGUCAGCAGUUCCCUUUGUCAUCUGAAGAGGAACUACAGAUGCUAGAUACUGGUUUGUCGCAGAAAGAAACCAGGGACAGAUUUAUGGCAAUGGUCACUAGGUUAUCAGGUGACGAUCCAAAAACGUCCAUGCGUUUUAUUCUGUCGCAUCUGCUGACACCGGAGGUUGCCAGUAAAUUCACGUUACUUGGCACCUCUUCUAAACGAGCACUACAUAAAUGCACAUUUUACAGCUGCAUACGAAGUGCCUUAACUCAUCGUUUUUUGUCAUCCUCUGUAAAUGAGAAAGACCUUGGUAAGCUAUACGACAUAGCGACACAAGGUUACUUUCACGACCUCCGAGACAAGAUGAUAAAACGAAAUAGAAGAAAAGAAAAUCAGGUAGGUACUAAUUUAAAGUGA